GAAUACACACAAAUUUUCGUUCGGAAGCGCUCGGAAACGAAUAUGCUAUUGCGGAAUGGGUAGCAGGUAUGCUCCUUUACAUUUAGUACCGCUUCGUCACUCAGAAUAAUGCCAAGAAAUUACGUAAGAAAAUCUAGUAGGCAAUCAUGGGAUCCUGCUUCUAUGUUAAAGGUAAUAGAAGCUGUUAAUAAUGGUGAAAUGGGGUGGCUCAAGGCAUCAAAAACUUACCACAUACCUCAAGCAACUCUAAGGAGACAUGCCUUGCAAAAAAAUAAGACUUUAAAAAAAGGCGAAAAACGACUGGGCAGGUUUAAAACCACAUUUCCUGUAGAAGUAGAACGGCAGUUGGUGGAGCAUUUAAAACUGCUAGAAUCAAGGUUCUUUGGACUCACAAGACAAGACGUACUGGAGUUAGCCUACAAUUUAGCAGUAAAAAAUGGGUUUGAGCACCAGUUUAAUAUUCAGAAAAAGGCUGCAGGAAAAGACUGGUUAAGAGGAUUUCGGAAAAGAAAUCGAGAUAUAACACUGCGUAAACCCGAAGCUACAUCCGCAGCGAGAGCGCAGGCAUUUAAUAAGCCUCAAGUGGCUCAGUUUUUUAAGGUCUUCGACCAGAUCAUGCAAAAAGAAAAUAUCGACCCCAUGAAGAUAUACAAUGCAGAUGAAUCUGCUCUAUCUACAGUGCAGCGCCCGCAGAAAAUAUUUGCUACAGCCGGUCGGAAGCAAGAAGGAGCAAUCACCAGCGCUGAAAGAGGUUCUCAUGUAACAAUUGUUUGCUGCAUGUGCACCGCUGGAAACUUUAUUCCGCCUGCCCUAAUUUUUCCCCGGAAAAAUAUGAAAAAAGAAUUGGCUGACCAUGCACCUGCAGGAACUUUAUGCAUUGCCCAGGAGUCCGGCUGGAUGACUGGCCCAGUGUUUUUACAGUGGCUGCAACAUUUCCAAAAAUAUGUCAACAAGACAUCUCCCACUGAAAAGGUUUUGUUAAUUGUGGAUGGACAUGCAAGUCAUAAAUAUCUCGAUGCCCUUGUGUACGCCAAAGAAAAUGGCAUUGUGCUUUUGUGUCUGCCACCUCAUUGCACACAUCGAAUGCAACCUCUCGAUGUGGCAUUUUUUGGGCCACUCAAGACGUAUUAUGACCAAGCAAUAACCAGAUGGCUCAAAGCUCAUCCUAGACGAGUUGUGACACAAUUUCAAAUUGGUGGUCUGCUAAAUGAAGCGUAUGGAAAAGCGGCUACAGUCCAGAAUGCCACUCAUGGAUUUGCUAAAACAGACAUCUACCCAAUAAACCCUGAUGUGUUCCCUGACUAUAUGUUUCAAGCAUCUGAAACUACAAAUAUUGUAGUCGAUGGUUCUGUCCAACAGGCUACAAAUGGCCUUACCGAUAAUAAUGCUCAACCUGGACCUAGUUCAGAAAAUGCUUCCGCCAUAGAUCCUCCCGUCCAAAAAGCUGCUAAUGUUCUGACUGAUGAUAAUGGUCAACCUGGACCUAGUUCAAAAAAUACUUCCGUCAUAAAACUUCCCCUCAUCAUUCCUACAGCCACUCAGGAAAACUUGCAAAAUUCAACACGUGGGGUUUCAAUUUUGGUUACACCGGCCGAUUUAAGUCCAGUUCCGAUCGGAUCAUUUGUUUCAGGCCAGGGAAAGCGAAAGCCAAGGAAACGUCAGGGAACUUCUGUCUUAAACUCUACCCCAAAUUUGGAAGAGGCCAAAGAAAAAAACAAACCAAAACUGAUAAUUCGAGAAAAAAGAAAAAGGGUGGUAUCAAGAAAAGUCCUUGCAGAGCCUGACGAGUCAGACACAGAAAAAGAGGCUUUUUCUGCCGACGAAGAUGAAGACGAUUGUGCUUGCAUUUAUUGCACAGAAGUGUAUAAAUUUUCCAAACAAGGUGAACUGUGGCUACGUUGCUGUUCCUGUCAAAAGUGGGCACAUGCCGACUGUGCCGGGGUAGACAAAAAAACAAAAAGUUUUGUUUGUGAACUUUGUACAGACUAA